GCUCCUGAUCGCUCGCCGGAGGAGAACCAGCUGCUACUUCUACCCCCAGGACUGGCUGGAGAAAUUCCGCAUGUCCAAGGAGACCUUCUUCUACGUCUGCAACCAGCUGCGUCCCGGGCUGGCUCCGCAGAGCGCCCACUUCCACCCCACCCUGCCCUUGGAGAAGAGGGUGGCCGUGGCCCUGUGGCACUUGGCCACUAACGUGGAGUACCAGACUCUGGGCCCGCUGUUCGGCGUGGGGCCCUCCACGGUGCAGACGUGCGUGCGGGAGGUGAGCUACGCCGUGGUCUUGCUGCUGAAGCCCCUCUACCUCCGGCUGCCCAACGAGAAAGAGCUGGAGAACAUGGUGCGGAUCUUCCGCACCCGCUGGGGGUUCCCGCACUGCAUGGGGGCCCUGGACAGCCUCCACAUCCCCAUCCACCCGCCCCUGCGUCUCAGCGCCGACUACUGCAACGGCCAGGGCUGGCACUCCAUCCUCACCCAGGCCACCGUGGAUGGGCUGGGCCAGUUUUGGGACGUCUCCACCGCCUUCCCCGGCAGCAUGGAGAACAGCGCGGUGCUGGAGAGCUCCAGCCUGUGGGUGCUGGCCAAGGAGGGGCGGCUGUGCCCCAACCCUCCCAAGCCCUUCAUGGGGAAGGCGCAGAAGUACGUGCUGCUGGGGGAUGCCACCUACCCCUUGCAAGACUGGAUCCUCAAGCCCUACCAGGAGGACGAGAACCUGUCCCAGAGGCAGCUGCAGGUCAACCUGCAGUUCAACUACCGCCUGAGGCGGGCGCACAGCGUGAUCGAGAACGCCUUCCUGCGCCUCAAGGCGCGCUGGCAGAUCCUGCUCAAGUGCGACGACUGCAGCCUGGAGCUGCUGCCCACCCUUGUCCUCGCCUGCUGCAUCCUCCACAACGUGUGCGAAGCCCACGACAACCCUUUCAACGAGGAGUGGCUGGAGGGCACGGAGCCCACCGAGCUGCCCAAGCCCUGCCAGCCCGCGCCCGCCGCCAUGGAGGACGGUCAGGCCGAGCAAGUGCGCGAGCUGAUGUGCCAGUACUUCGAGAGCUGCGGGGAGGGCUGAGGAAG